AUGGUGUCCAAUUUUUCUACAAUCGCCUGGCGAGCCAGUGCCCGGGCUCGUGUUCUCCCUGCAUUCCGUUGCUCGCAACGGCCGUCGGCAUUGUUACCGAAGUGGACUGAGUGCUGCCCCAGUGCCGUGAGAUAUGUGUCCGAUAACACUGCUUCCACUCCGACCACCGAGACAGUGAAAGAAACAGCCCAGGACACUGCAAAGGAGGCUCCCAGGGAAACCCCGAAGCGCGCGGGCCGCCGAUCUUCCAGGAAAGCUCUUUACGGCACCUCGUUGGCCUUGACUCUGUUGGUGGGCUACAUCUACGGCACCGACACCCGGGCGAGCAUUCACAGAUACGCAAUUGUGCCUCUCAUCCGGGCGGUCUAUCCCGAUGCGGAGGAGGCCCACCAUGUUGGCGUGGACAAUCUGAAGAUGCUCUACCGGUUCGGUCUUCAUCCCCGCGAACGAGGCAACCCGGAUGGAGAUGGUGUUCUGGCUACCGAGGUCUUCGGGUACCCACUCUCCAACCCUAUUGGUAUCUCCGCCGGCCUGGACAAGCACGCCGACAUUCCAGAUGCGCUGCUUGAUAUCGGCCCCGCCAUUGUCGAGGUUGGCGGUACAACCCCUCUGCCGCAGGAGGGUAACCCGAAGCCCCGGGUGUUCCGACUCCCCUCGCAGCACGCGAUGAUCAACCGAUACGGGCUCAACUCCAAAGGCGCCGACCACAUGGCGGCCGUAUUGAAACAGCGCGUGCAGGACUUUGCCUAUGCAGCAGGAUUCGGCAUGCACGACCAGUCGGAGCAGCGCGUGCUGGAUGGCGAGGCCGGAGUCCCACCUGGUAGUUUGGUUCCCGGCAAGCUUCUGGCGGUGCAGGUAGCCAAGAACAAGGCCACGCCGGACGCGGACCUGGACGCGAUCAAGCGCGACUACGUCUACUGCGUGGAUCGGGUGGCGCGGUACGCGGAUAUUCUAGUGGUGAACGUCUCCAGCCCCAACACCCCGGGCCUGCGCGACCUCCAGGCCUCGGCUCCCCUCACCGCGAUCCUAAGUGCAGUCGUCGGUGCCGCCCAAGACGUCCAGCGCAAGACCAAGCCCUAUGUAAUGGUCAAGGUCAGCCCGGACGAAGACUCAGACGAGCAGAUCUCUGGCAUCUGCGAUGCCGUCUGGAAAUCGGGCGUCGACGGCGUCAUCGUCGGCAACACCACGAACCGCCGGCCUGACCCGCGCCCAGCCGGCUUCGUCCUCCCGGCCACCGAGCAGCAGGCCCUGUCAGAAACCGGCGGCUACUCGGGCCCGCAGCUCUUUGACCGCUCCGUCCCGCUGAUCGCCCGCUACCGCGCCCUGCUCGACCAGGGCCCUGCGGCUAAGCCGUCCGAUGCCGAUCGGCCUUCGGAGACGGCGCCUGCCGCGCCUGCGUCGCGCAAGGUUAUUUUCGCCUCGGGCGGUAUCACUACCGGUCAGCAGGCGCGCGCGGCUCUCGAUGCGGGCGCUUCGGUCGCUAUGAUGUACACGGGGGUAGUGUAUGGCGGCAUUGGCACGGUGACGCGAGUGAAGCAGGAGUUGCGCGAGGAGCUGCAGAAGAAAUGA